AUGUCACACGCUGUCACCACGGCGGCGCAGUUUGUGCAACCGCUGCUGGAUAAGCCGGUGGAGGUGACCUCGAUCAAGUACAGCCUUCUCUCUGAAGAUAUGAUCCACCGCCUCUCAGUCAUGCCCUGCCACCGCGUGAUUGGGACCGAAAAGAACUUCGGUGUCAACGAUCCCCGCCUUGGCCCGAGCGACCGCUUGUCGGUGUGCAACACCUGUGGCCAAUGCAGCAUAGAAUGCACGGGCCACGCCGGUCACAUCAACCUCGAGGUGCCCGUCUUCCACCUCGGCUACUUCUCUGCUGUCAUUCGAGUGUGCCGGACAAUAUGCAAGCGCUGCUCCAACGUGCUCCUCACGCGAGAGGAGAUGGAGUACUAUCUGCACCGCCUGCGGUCCACGUCCCAUGAGCCGCAGCAGCGCGCCGCCCUUAUUAAAGCCAUUCAGGAGGAUGCCUACAAGACGCGCGUGUGCCUUAUGUGUGGCGGGCUGAACGGCACGGUGCGACGGGUGCGCCCAAUGCGUGUCAUCCACGAGAAGUACCUCGUGGAGUUGCGUCGCGGCGAGCAGGCGAAUGAGGACCCGACGGCGUUUUUUCAGGAGGCGUUGCGCUCCGCUGCGCUGCACAAUUCGGAGGUGGGCUCGCACAAGGAGUUCGUGCACGAGUUUUUGCACCCGCAGCGUGUUAAAGCGCUGUUCGAGGCGAUUCCACUGGAGCAGGUACCGCUGCUAGGCCUGCAACCCGGUACUAGCCCAAGCAGCCUUCUCAUUAGCACUUUGCUCGUCCCGCCCGUGUGUGUGCGGCCGCGCGGUAUGUCGACGACGAGUCACAUUCGAGAGGAUGACUUGACGACGCAGUACAACGAGAUUCUCAUCUGCUCUGACAUGAUGAACGACGGCACAAACGAUGCCGCACGUAGCGUAGAGACAUGGGAGCUUCUGCAGACGCGUGUGGCGCGGUUGCUGGAUGCGGCGCUGCCGGGGUUUCCUUCGCACCUCCGCACCACCGAGUGCAAGUCCUAUGCACAGCGCAUGAAAGGCAAGCAGGGCCGUUUUCGGGGAAACCUCAGCGGCAAACGUGUCGAUUUUUCUGGACGGUCGGUCAUUUCGCCUGACCCAAACCUUCGUAUUGACGAGCUCGCCGUGCCUCUGCGCGUCGCGCGUGUGCUGACGUACCCGCAGCGCGUCUUUGCUGGUAACAUCCAGCUCAUGCGCCGGCUCGUGCGCAACGGCCCGCACGUACACCCUGGCGCCCUCACGGUUUAUCUCUCGAAGGAAUGUUCGCGCAAAUCCCUGCGCAACGCACGCGACCGCGAGGCCAUUGCAGCGCGCCUCAGCAUAGGCGACGUUGUGGAGCGGCAUGUGAUGAACGGCGACUAUGUCCUCUUCAACCGUCAACCGUCGCUUCACCGCAUCUCACUCAUGGCACACCGAGCGCGCGUCUUGCCGUUCCGUACAUUUCGGUUCAACGAGUGCUGCUGCGCGCCCUACAACGCCGACUUCGACGGCGACGAGAUGAACAUCCACGUUGUGCAGACAGAGGAGGCCCGCGCCGAGGCAAAGGAGCUGCUGCUGUCGUCGCACCACAUUAUCACCGCCAAGAACGGCGAGCCCAUCAUCGCCUGCACGCAGGACUUUCUCACCGCUGCCUACCUCGUGACCGCCCGCGACGCCCUUUUCGAUCGCGCCACCUUCACGCAGAUGGUGUCCCACUGGCUGGACGCCGAGACACAGUUUGCGCUUCCGAUACCAGCCAUCCUGAAGCCGGCGGAGCUGUGGACCGGCAAGCAACUCUUCGAGCUCAUCCUUCGGCCGACGCCAGAGACACAGCUGCUGCUGAACUUGGAGGCGAAAACUCGCUUCUACUCUGGCGCUGGCAGGCACGACGACCCGGCAGAGGGGUACGUGGCAUUCCUCGAUUCCAUCUUUCUCUCUGGUCGACUCGACAAGAAGCUCCUGGGUGGUGGCGCCAAGGACGGCCUCUUUGCCCGCCUCUACGCCCUGGGCGGCGGGGAGCAGACGGCGACGUGCAUGUCGCGCAUCGCGCAGUUCACCGCCCGCUACCUUCAGAACUACGGCUUCUCUCUUGGGCUCGGUGAUGUGUCACCGACGCCGUCGCUCAGCGAGAAGAAGGCUGCCGUGCUAGCUGUGUCUUUCGACAAGUGUGACCGUCUCAUCUCUCUUGCCAAGAUGGGCCGGCUCAUCCCCAAGCCUGGAAUGAGUGUGAAGCAGAGUCUAGAGGCAAUGCUGAACGCUGAGCUGUCGCAGGUGCGUGAUGCGUGCGGCUCGGCCGCCGUGCAAGCGCUGGAUGCCAAGUCAAACGCACCUCUUAUCAUGGUGAACUCCGGCAGCAAAGGCAGUGCCCUCAACACUGCACAGAUGAUGGCGUGCGUGGGCCAGCAGACGGUCAGCGGUAAACGCAUCAUGAACGCCUUCCAGGACCGAGCCCUGCCACACUUCCCGCGGUUCGCCGAGGACCCCGCGUCCCGCGGCUUCGUAGCCAGCUCCUUUUACUCUGGCCUGUCGCCGACGGAGUUUUUCUUCCAUGGCAUGGCCGGCCGCGAGGGGAUCGUCGAUACAGCCGUCAAGACCGCAGAGACAGGCUAUAUCUACCGCCGUCUCAGCAAGGCUAUGGAGAACCUAAGCGUUGGUUACGACACCUCAGUGCGUAGCGUACAAGGCAGCAUUGUACAGCUGCGAUACGGCGAGGACGGCAUGGACCCGUGGCUGAUGGAGGGGUCGCACGGCACGCCGCUCAACCUCGCUCAGGAAUGGCUGAGUAGCCGUGCUGCCUACGCCCGGUUUCGAAAUCAAAUUCACUCCGUCAUGAACGAGAGGAGCCGCAGGGGCGAGCUGGCCGCAUCAACGGACCCGCUGCUCCAGAAUUACAACAAGCUCUACGAAGAAUGGCACAAUGUGUCGAUGCUCCCUGCGGAGCUGGAAACGUUCGUGCAUCAUCUUCUGCACGCGGAUGAGGGGACGCUCACCUCUUGCGCGCGCCUAAUGGAGGUGGAGGCGGCGAUCUGUGGUGGCGCGCCGUCGUCCGCGGCCGCUGGUCUGAAGCUGCUAAAAGAGCUAGCGCAGCAGCACGGAAGCGACCGCCUGCGCAGCGACAUUCAGGCAUUCUUCCGCAGGAAGCGCGACGAGCUGGUACAGCUGCGACAGGAGCUGAAGCUACCCCUCGAUACCCAUGCCACCGUGGCCGCUGCAGCUGCGUCGCCGAGCGCCAAAGCAGUUCGCGGCGGUGCAAAGCGCAGAUCGAGCCCGUCCGACGACGUGUUGCCGUCAACCACCGCAGGUGCAGUGCAGGCGUUUGCAGAGUCACUGCAAGUCGAGCUGCUGCCGCUCACAAGGGGGAUGCUGCUCCGCUUUUUCGAGGAUUCAGCUCGCAAGGUGCACCGCAAGCUUUGCGAGCCCGGCACGCCGUGCGGCGCCAUUGCCGCUCAGUCUGUGGGUGAGCCGAGCACGCAGAUGACGCUCCGCACGUUCCACUUUGCAGGCGUGGCCAGCAUGAGCAUCACGCAGGGUGUGCCGCGCCUUGUGGAAAUCAUCAAUGCAAACAAGAACAUCGCCACUCCGGUCAUCACGGCCCCCAUUCUGUUAGAGGACGAGUUCACGUCGAUAGACCUCGCCUCAGCGAGGCGUACGCAGUACCAAGCCGCACGCGCUGUGAAAGGCCUGAUGGAGCGGGUGCUGUUGAAGGAAAUCACACGCGAAAUGGUGGAGGUCGUGACGCCGCGGCAGUAUUACAUUCAGAUCUUCCUUGACAUAGGGCUGAUCGAGCGCCUGCUGCUGCCGAUCGAUGCGGCGGUGGUGUGCCAGCGUCUCUACGCGGCGGCUGCGCGACCAAUGUCACCGCUGCGCCAUCUCUCCGAGGCGUGUGUCGACAUGGUCAGCCGCGACUCCCUCAUUGUCAAGCCCUACGAGAAGGACCCGGCGCGUGUACACUUCAACAUUCAGCACCUGCUAACGCUCUUGCCGGAGCUCGUGGUCGGUGGCAUCCCAGGCGUCAACCGCGUUAUGAUUGCCGACCGCUCUGAGAAGCUGCUGGCGGAAGGAGCGGAGCUCUUGUCGGUCAUGUCUCUGCCGUACGUGGAUGGUGUUCGCACCACGUGCAACCACGUCGCUGUUGUUGAACGUGUUCUCGGCAUCGAGGCUGCCCGCGAGACCAUAGUGAAGGAAAUUACGAGCAUCUUACAGGCCUACUCGCUCAGCAUUGAUAUCCGGCACAUCUACCUCCUGGCCGACGUCAUGACGAGCCGCGGCGUGGUGCUCGGCAUUACUCGGUACGGCAUUCAGAAGAUGAACAACAAUGUCCUCACCAUGGCGUCUUUUGAGCGCACCACGGAGCACCUGUACAAUGCGGCGAUGACGGAGAGGGAGGACGUCAACCUCAGCGUCUCUGAGUGCAUCAUUAUUGGCAAGCCGAUUCCUCUCGGCACCAGCAGCUUCAACAUCCUGCUCGACAAGGGCAGCAUUGCGCCAUUCGGCUCCAAUACAGGACGAAUGCCAUCGUCUCAGGCCAGUGCCAAUGCAGUAGCCACAGCGUCACCGUCGCCCGGCAAGGCCACGGCGGCCGGCACGCAUAGUAAGAAGGUGGAGCUGACGCCGAAGGAGGUAUUCUUGCGGAGCUCAUUCAUGGCUUACGCCUCUGCGCACGGGGCGGGGAGACAUCGACCUCUUCGCGGCGGCUUUUCGAGUCGGCCGCUCUCUGCCGAGGGCGUCUUCCAGCUGGACCUUUUCACGUUGUGA